AUGUGUGACGCUUUGUCGGGCAGUGCGCAUUUGUUCGAGCCAAAGGUUUUCGAACUUCUGACGGCGGUGCAGGAGGAGGAUCAAAGCCAUUUGUUUGAACAUUGGGGCUCCGUAGAUGCGCGAGAUGCAGACAAACGAAGGUUGGCCUAUCAGAUCGUGCUCCUGGAUCAAACCACCCCUGGAGGUAUUGUGUCCUACAUAAGGAGGGCAAGGGAACUCCUGAGAGACUCAAGAGACGGUGUUAACCCUUUGGAUGGCUACACUCCAAGUGUGCCAGAGGGUGUUAGACUUGACUUUGGGAGUUGUGAAUACAAAGAGCUCCAGAGUGCAGGUGCAACUGCAGCUGCUUCUGCAGCCUUUGUGUUGGUGGCUGGAGGCCUGGGUGAGCGCCUGGGCUAUUCUGGCAUCAAGAUUGCGCUGCCAGCAGACACAGCACGUGGAGUCAGCUUCCUUCAGCUGUAUAUUGAGAGCAUAUUAGCACUGCAGGAACAGGCAGUUGCUAGGGGGCAGCAGGAUUGUGAGCUGCCAUUGAUCAUAAUGACAUCUGAUGACACUCAUAAACAGACAGUGAAGUUCCUGGAGGAGAAUUCAAAUUUCGGGAUGAAUCCUGGGCAGAUUGCCCUGUUAAAGCAGGACAAAGUGGCCUGUCUAUCAGACUCAAAUGCUCACCUGGCACUGGAUGCCUCUGAUAGCUUCCGAAUUCAGACCAAACCGCACGGCCAUGGAGACGUCCACUCCCUCAUCCAUGCGGCAGGGUUGCCCCAGAAAUGGCAUCAGCAGGGUUUGAAAUGGGUGUGUUUCUUCCAAGACACGAAUGCACUUGUGUUCAAUGGAUUACUGCCUGCACUGGGAGCCAGCGUGCGAGAGAACUAUGCUGUCAACUCGCUGGCAGUCCCAAGAAAAGCCAAAGAGGCCAUCGGGGCGAUCGCCAAGCUGCGGCGAGAGGACGGACAUGAGAUGACAGUGAACGUGGAAUACAAUCAGUUGGGUCCAUUGCUGAAAAGCACAAUAAGUGAGGAGGGGGAUGUGAACGACGACUCAGGGUUUUCGCCAUUCCCAGGAAACAUUAACCAAUUGGUGCUGAAGGUGGAUGAGUACGCCAGGCAGCUGCAGAGCACGGGUGGCAUCGUCCCAGAAUUUGUCAACCCAAAGUACAAAGAUGAAUCGAAGACUGAGUUCAAGAGCAGCACUCGGCUAGAGUGCAUGAUGCAGGACUACCCAAGAGGACUUGCACCAGAUGCCAAGGUUGGCUUCACAGUCAUCAAUCAGGUGUGGUCAACAUAUUCACCUGUGAAGAACUCACCAGAGGCUGGCCGCUUGAAGGUUGCGGCUAACUGUCCCUCACAUACAGGCACAUCAGCUGAAGCCGAUGUGUAUCAUUCUCAUUGCUCCAUGCUGAGGCAGUUGGGUGCCCGUGUGGCAGCUCCAGAGGCUGUACUGUUCAAUGGGAUUCGAGUGCAUCUAGGGCCACGCAUUACAUGGUCGCCAUCUUUUGCUCUUACAUUCCAUGAGCUGGAGGAAAAACUAAACGCAGCAGAGUUGAGUGUCAGCCAGAGGUCUGUUCUCAUUAUCGAGGGUGCUGAUGUCCACAUCGACUCGUUGAAGGUCGACGGAGCUUUGUGGAUCCGCUGUGGAAAGGGGGCCCAGGUUCGCAUGCAGGGGUUUAAUGUGUGGAAUGCGGGGUGGGAAUGGCAACCGCUGGACGACACGCAUCCAGGAACGGAACAGGAGCAGAUCAGAGGAUUCCAUGUCAAGAAGAAUGAGACAGCAUAUCAGGAUGUCUUGGUCGCUGUUCCUUCGCAGCGUGCAUGA